UGAGCGGCGAUCCCGCUCAGCCUGCGGCGUCCUGAGAGACCUGAGGAAUUCAGCAGGUACCGACAGACAGUCAGCGGCUCUCUGUCCUGCUGCGGCGUGGAUGUGGAGCUUGAAAGAGACCCCGGCUGUCUGAGCUCAUCAUGUCUGAUGGAUGGAUUUAAGUGCUCUCUGUCAGUCCGCGCUGAUCUCACGACGGUUCCGCAUCUGGAGGGUUAAAUCAGGCAGAAAAUCAAGAACACUUUAGGACGAAGAAAUACUUCUUGCUGCUUUGAAAACAAACGUCCUUCGUCAUGAGGAGGUCUCUCCCCUUGUCUUGCUGGGUCAGGGCAGCCGGCCUGAUGCUCUGCCUGAUGCUCUGCCUGAGUCAGAGCGCCGUGGCCGUGUUCCUCUCAAACUCCACUCGGCUCGACUCGAUCCUGGACAAGUACAAGGGCAAGGACGGGGAGUGGUGGAGGGCGAGGUCGAGAGGGAAGAGGGCCAUCAGCGAGGAAGACAAGCACCUGAUCCUCGACCUGCACAACAAGCUGCGGGGACAGGUCUACCCUCCGGCCUCCAACAUGGAGUACAUGUUAUGGGAUUACGAGUUGGAGAGGAGCGCAGAGAACUGGGCGCACGCCUGCCGAUGGGAGCACGGGCCGAGCCACAUGCUGACACAAAUAGGCCAGAACCUGGGAACGCACUGGGGCAGAGACAGACCCCCGACCUACCACGUGCAGGCCUGGUAUGAUGAGGUGAGGUACUACAGCUACCCGUACUCCCAGGAGUGUAAUCCACACUGUCCGUUCAGAUGUUCUGGGCCGGUUUGCACGCACUACACUCAGCUGGUGUGGGCCACCAGCAAUCGCAUUGGCUGCGCCAUCAACACGUGUUACAACAUGAAUGUUUGGGGAAUGAUCUGGACCAAAGCAGUUUAUCUUGUCUGCAACUACUCCCCUCCGGGAAACUGGUGGGGUCAUGCGCCGUACAAAUACGGCACACCUUGUUCUGCCUGUCCAGCCAGCUAUGGUGGAGGCUGCCGAAACAACUUGUGCUACAAAGACGGUGGCGUCGAACGGCAUCCAGCUCCUGAAACGGAGGAAAACAACUACAUUGAACCAGAACCAGUAAGAGACAGAGAGCCCCAGCCAAGGGUCCGAACACCAGACCCAUCACUGAAUGAAAACACGGAGGGAAACCAAGUUGCCAGUACAGAGCAGAUGUCCCAACAGGUUGAGUGUGAGACCAAGCUGAGAGAUCAGUGCAAGGGAACAACCUGCAACAGAUAUGAAUGCCCACCUGGUUGCUUUGAGCGACCUGGAAAAGUAGUUGGGACUUCUUACUACGACAUGCAAUCCAGUGUGUGUGGAGCUGGGCUGCACUCUGGGGUCAUUGACAAUGACGGGGGAUGGCUGGAUGUGACCCGACUGGGUAGAAAACAACUAUUCACCAAAUCAUACAAGAACGGCGUCCAGUCCAUUGGGAAAAAUAGAAGUGCCAAUUCCUUCAAAGUGGAAUCAGUACCUGUAAAAGCAAUAAGAUGCGAUACAACAGUGGCACAUUUCUGUCCUUUCAAGAAACCCGUUCGACACUGUCCCAGGUUGUAUUGCCCCAAGAACUGUUUGCAUGACAGUCGAGCUCGAGUCAUCGGAACAAAGUACUACACAGACAAAUCUAGCAUCUGCAGAGCUGCCAUCCACGCAGGAGUAAUCCGGAGCGAGUCAGGCGGCUACCUUGAUGUGAUGCCGGUGGACACACGGCGGCAGUACAGCGGCAGCUACCAGAACGGGAUCAACUCAGAGAGCUUACUGAACCCCACAGGAGGAAAAGCCUUCAGAGUUUUUGCAGUCAUCUGAGGAAAAGCCCCGAAAGGACAAAGUACCGGCGAUCGUAUCUGAGAAGCCCACCCAGCAUGAAAUCAAAAACCGAUAAUUUUGCCCCCAGAGUAAAUAACCCAACUUGUCUGACUCAAACACUUCCAAGUUCCUACGUGUGUUUUUCCUCAAGGAUUCGCUUGUUUCUUAGGUCAUCGGUGAUCUGCUUUCCAGUCAGCCUGUGGCGAAGGAUUUUCUAGAAUUAUAGUUUUUCAAAGUCUUCUGGUCUGAACCUUCAGAGUCAGCCGCAGAAUACACGUGUGCCCACAAUGCGCUUGUGGCUGCCGUGAUAUCGUGACAUCAUGCUUCUUAACACUUAAAAAUAACUAUUGCGCAACCAGAUAGCUACGCCGUUCCAGCAUGUAAUUUUAGGCGUUAAGGUCAAAGCCUGAUAUUACUUUUAGUCAGAACAUUUCAGAUCUCCUGAAGUUUUUUUUCUACAUGCAGCAACUAAAUAAG